CAACUUGAACACCCUUUUGCUUAAUCUGGUAAUAGCUUCAUAGAGGGAGCUUGAUACCAACCGUCACAAUGCCGGCCUACAACUCCGUCUUCAACGCCGACCCCUCCCCCCGCUUAAUCGGCAAUUUCCCUCUCUUCCCGCUUCGCACCAAGAUCCGCGGGCCAACCUACCCUCUCCCCUUCCCGGACCCUCCGCUCGCCGCCAACGAGUCGCCCGACCCGGACUCGGAGUCAUACGACAUUCUGGACGAGACGCUAGCUCUCUUCCGCGCCAACACCUUUUUCCGCAACUUUGAGAUCCAGGGCCCCGCCGACCGCCUGCUGGUCUACGGCAUCUGGUACAUCAGCGACUGUCUGGGCCGCAUCAAGCCGCACUAUGGCGUUAGGGAGGCGACGAAGGAAGUGAACAAUGCGGCGCUGGAUGUGAACUUUGCGUUGCCGGGCGAUCCUGGGUGGCCUUUGAAUCAGAUGUACGAACCCCCCCGCGACCGUCAAGACGCAGAAGUCCUCCGUCAGUACCUGUCGCAGGUUCGGCAGGAGCUGGCGCAGAGGUUACUGGCGCGCGUGUACGACGACGAGACCGAGGACAAGCCGAGCAAGUGGUGGUUGAGCUUUACCAAGAGGAAGUUCAUGGGCAAGGGACUCUAAUGCGAUGCCUUCCCGGUUCAGAUGGCGUUGCAUGGAAUCGUUUAGCGCCAAAGUAUAAUACGUACUCUACACAAAUAAUAUUUCAAGUUUCCUAGAGUGUGAGGGUGUGUUGGGGCGAGCGAGCAAGGCUUUCAGUUGUUGUUGUUCUUACGUGGUCCGGUUCGAACAAGCAUAGAUCGAAUGCACCAUAUCCAUAACCCG